AUGACACCUCUAAACCCGGGUGACGAGUCAGAUGGGAAGAAACUUGCACCCGUGAAGAAAAAUCCAGUUCAAAAUGACUACUUGGAAGAUCUCAAUUCAUCUCCAAACCCCCACCCCAGGCCACUUACUCCACCACUUCCGGAGGAUAAAGAUUCCAAACCUCAAGUCCUGUCAACUGCUUGUAGAUGGCGAUUAUCACUUUCAAAACGACCUGAGCAACAAUCUACCUUCCAACAAACCCAGUCUCCACUAUUCGAAUGUCUACCUACCGAAGUCCGACUUCUCAUCUGGGAACAUUAUCUCUGUAGCCGCAUGCUGCAUAUUAUUCGACCGAACCAGCGAAAAUGGAGAGGAUCCCACAAAAAAAUUGUCGGGGUUCUAUGCAGCGAACCUCGCAAUAUCUGUCCAUGCAGUCAUCAUUGUUGGGGACUUAUUGCUCGUCGGCCUGCAGGCAACUGCAUUACACCCAAGAACUACGGGUCCUAUUACCACGAGAACUCCGAGUGGAGACUUGAUCCGAGAAGAACUGAUUUUGUGCCGCUUUUACAAACGUGCCGAAGAGUCUACUUCGAGGCCAUUGAUAUGAUCUUUCAAAAGAACACUUUUCUCUUUAACCAUACAGAUACAAUCAUCGAUUUUUCGAAUACACUUCUACCACAGCGAAUGAAUCUGAUUCGCACUUUGCAGCUCGGUUUUCCCGAUCCUGGUGGCCCAAGUUGGAAUAGAUGUUGUCAGGUUCUCGCUACUAAGCUGCUUGGCCUAAAGACAUUGACCAUCCAUUUGUAUCCUCAUGUCACAAACCGUCUGGAUUAUUGGCUUAUGCCGCUGCAUCAGAUUCAACAACCCACCGUCUUCGAGGUUUUGUUGAUCAAGCCGUGGUAUCUGGAUCCGCAAUGGGAAAAGUCAACGGGGCUUGUUGAUGCGCCCUUUGAAUUUUCGAUUGUUGAUGUGCAGAGGCGCAGCUUCUUGAAAACUAUGGAUCAAACUAUGGAUGAAACUAUGGAUGAAACUAUGGAUGAUAACAGCCAUUUUUGA